GACGGCCGGGAGGGAGGGCGUGCGGACGGACGCGCGGGGUGGCCGGGGGCCGGACGCACGACCCGGGGCGGGCGGCAAUGUGGGGAGGCCCGGGCAGCCCAGGAGGCUGCGGGGACGGGGGCGGAGCCGGGGGCGCCACGGGCACCGCCCCCCUGCGCCGGCGGAGCCGCCGCCCGAGCGCGGACCCGGGAGCCCGAGGCGGCUGUAGCGUGCGGGACCCUGAGGACACGGCCAUGCCGGGCCGGGCGGAGGCGGGGGAGGCCGAGGAGGAGGCCGGGGCCGGCUCGGGGUCCGAGGCGGAGGAGGACGCGCUGUGGGAGCGAAUCGAGGGCGUCCGGCACCGGCUGGCUCGCGCCCUGAACCCGGCCAAGCUCACGCCGUAUCUGCGCCAGUGCCGGGUCAUCGACGAGCAGGACGAGGAGGAGGUGCUGAGCACCUACCGCUUCCCGUGCCGCGUCAACCGCACCGGGCGCCUGAUGGACAUCUUGCGCUGCCGUGGCAAGAGGGGCUAUGAGGCCUUCCUGGAAGCCCUGGAGUUCUACUACCCCGAACACUUCACGCUGCUCACGGGCCAGGAACCCGCCCAGCGCUGCUCCAUGAUCCUCGAUGAGGAGGGGCCUGAGGGCCUGACCCAAUUCUUGAUGACAGAGGUGCGACGGCUGCGGGAAGCUCGCAAGAGCCAGCUGCAGCGGGAGCAGCAACUGCAGGCCCGGGGCCGGGUGCUCGAGGAGGAGCGGGCAGGGCUGGAGCAGCGGCUGCGGGACCAGCAGCAGGCUCAGGAGCGCUGUCAACGGCUGCGGGAGGACUGGGAGGCGGGCAGCCUGGAGCUGCUGCGGCUCAAGGAUGAGAACUACAUGAUCGCCAUGCGCCUGGCACAGCUCAGUGAGGAGAAGAACUCGGCUGUACUUCGCAGCCGUGACCUGCAGCUGGCGGUGGAUCAGCUCAAGCUCAAGGUGAGUCGGCUGGAGGAAGAGUGUGCACUGCUUCGAAGGGCUAGGGGCCCGCCCCCUGGGGCAGAGGAGAAGGAGAAGGAGAAGGAGAAGGAGAAGGAGCCAGACAAUGUGGACCUUGUCUCCGAGCUGCGUGCUGAGAACCAGCGGCUGACAGCGUCGCUGCGGGAGUUGCAGGAGGGCCUGCAGCAGGAGGCGAGCCGGCCGGGGGCCCCGGGCUCCGAGCGCAUCCUGCUGGACAUCCUAGAGCAUGACUGGCGGGAGGCGCAGGACAGCAGGCAGGAGCUGUGCCAGAAGCUGCACGCCGUGCAGGGGGAGCUGCAGUGGGCCGAGGAGCUGCGCGACCAGAUUAGGCAGUUGAGGGCCUGUGAGGUAAAGUCAGUGGCUCAGACCACUCCACUGGGCAGGAGGGGACUUGUUAUUGGGUCUCAGACUGUUGGUGAGCGUCUCUCACUGGCCCUCCUGGGCACCUGCUGGUUAGCUUUCUCGUGGUCCCCAGCCCUGUGGUCUGACCCCGCCCCGUGCCACCCUCAGUACCUGCAGGAGAUGGAAGACCUGCGGCUCAAGCACCGCACGCUGCAGAAGGACUGUGACCUGUACAAGCACCGCAUGGCCACUGUCCUGGCCCAACUGGAGGAGAUUGAGAAGGAGCGAGACCAGGCCAUCCAGAGCCGUGACCGGAUCCAGUUGCAGUACUCACAGAGCCUCAUCGAGAAGGACCAGUACCGCAAGCAGGUGCGGGGCCUGGAGGCGGAGCGGGAUGAGCUGCUGACAACGCUCACCAGCCUGGAGGGCACCAAGGCUCUGCUGGAGGUGCAGCUGCAGCGGGCCCAGGGUGGCACCUGCCUCAAGGCCUGUGCCUCCUCCCAUUCCCUGUGCUCCAACCUCAGCAGCACUUGGAGCCUGAGCGAGUUCCCCUCCCCUCUGGGAGGCCCAGAAGCAACUGGGGAGGCAGCUCUCAUGGGGGGACCUGAGCCUCACAACUCGGAGGAAGCCACAGACAGUGAAAAGGAGAUCAACCGGCUCUCCAUCCUGCCCUUCCCCCCCAGUGCCGGCUCCAUCCUCCGCCGGCAGCGUGAGGAAGACCCCGCACCCCCUAAGAGAUCCUUCAGCAGCAUGUCAGACAUCACAGGGAGUGUGACACUUAAGCCCUGGUCCCCUGGCCUCUCUUCGUCCUCAUCCUCUGACAGCGUGUGGCCUUUGGGAAAGCCGGAAGGCCUCCUGGCUCGGGGCUGUGGCCUGGACUUCCUCAACAGGUCUCUGGCUAUUCGGGUGUCUGGCCGGAGCCCCCCAGGGGGCCCAGAGCCGCAGGACAAGGGACCAGAUGGACUGUCGUUUUAUGGGGACAGAUGGUCUGGGGCUGUGGUGCGCAGGGUGCUGUCUGGGCCUGGGUCGGCCAGGAUGGAACCAAGAGAGCAAAGGGUGGAAGCUGCUGGUCUGGAGGGGGCGUGCCUGGAAGCCGAGGCCCAGCAGAGAACCUUGCUCUGGAAUCAGGGGUCCACACUCCCCUCCCUGAUGGACUCGAAGGCCUGCCAGUCCUUCCACGAGGCCCUAGAAGCCUGGGCAAAGGGACCAGGUGCCGAGCCCUUCUACAUUCGUGCCAACCUCACCUUACCUGAGAGGGCAGAUCCCCAUGCCCUUUGCGUGAAAGCCCAAGAGAUCCUUCGACUGGUGGACUCGGCAUACAAGCGGAGGCAGGAAUGGUUCUGCACCCGGGUUGACCCCCUCACUCUGCGGGACCUGGACCGGGGCACCGUGCCCAAUUAUCAGAGAGCCCAGCAGCUCCUAGAAGUUCAGGAGAAAUGCCUGCCCUCCAGCCGGCACCGAGGCCCCCGCAGUAAUCUGAAGAAGAGAGCCCUGGACCAACUGCGGCUGGUGAGGCCCAAGCCCGUGGGGGCGCCUGCAGCGGACUCCCCGGAUCAGCUGCUGCUGGAGCCCUGUGCAGAGCCGGAGCGGAGCCUCAGACCCUACAGUUUGGUGCGGCCGCUACUGGUGUCUGCCCUGCGGCCCGUGGUGCUGUUGCCUGAGUGCCUGGCGCCCCGGCUCAUCCGUAACCUGCUAGACCUGCCCAGCUCCCGGCUGGACUUCCAAGUGUGCCCAGCGGAAAGCCUCUCUGGGGAGGAACUGUGCCCAUCCUCAGCGCCUGGAGCCCCCAAGGCUCAGCCUGCCACCCCUGGGCUAGGCAGCAGGAUCCGGGCCAUCCAGGAGUCUGUUGGGAAGAAGCACUGCCUGCUGGAGCUGGGUGCUCGGGGUGUGCGGGAGCUGGUGCAGAACGAGAUCUACCCCAUCGUCAUCCACGUGGAGGUGACUGAGAAGAAUGUCCGGGAAGUCAGGGGUCUGCUGGGCCGGCCGGGCUGGCGGGACUCAGAGCUGCUGCGGCAGUGCCGUGGCUCAGAGCAGGUGCUCUGGGGGCUGCCCUGCUCCUGGGUGCAGGUGCCCGCCCAUGAGUGGGGACACGCAGAGGAGCUGGCCAAGGUGGUGCGCGGCCGCAUCCUGCAGGAGCAGGCCCGCCUCGUGUGGGUGGAGUGCGGCAGCAGCAGAGGCUGCCCCAGCAGCAGUGAGGCCUGAGGCUCAUCUGAUACCUGCACCUUCUUCCCAAGCCAGCGUGGACCCUGGUGUCUGUGGUGAAGCUGGGCCCUCCCACCCUGAGCCUUCCUAGACCCUUGGACUCUCAGAUGCAGGGCCCUUGGCUCUGGCCUCUCACCCCCAAGGCUGUCUCUGGCCCUGCCGAGCCUGUGGGAGUCCCGGGACAGAGCGCCCACCCCCCUCUACUUGCUGCUCUGGGCCUCCCCACCUUUGCUGGGGUCUCCACAUUCCCACUAGUGGGUCUUAUGUGUGUCUGUGUCUUCUCCUUAAACACUCGCCCUGGAGUCUGUUCUCACACCUGUGCGCAGGUUUGCACACUCAAGUUCUCAUGGGCAGGCUCAGGUCUGUCCCGCUGCCCUGGGCACGAGGUCUCCUGAGGACCUGGGCCUGUUCUGCUCCUAGGAGACCCGAGCCCGUUACCGCGUGACUCCCACCAUCCAGCUCACGCUCCUCAUGGAUUCAGCCAUGCAUGGACUGGGGUCUUCCCUGGCCCACGGUCACCUGUGCCCCUCGUGUCUCCUCACAUGGGUGUCUGUGGUUCUCUCCUGUGUAAAUGUCACGCCCCACCCCUGUUUCAUGUGGGCACUAACACGCGUGCGUUCCUGGCGGGCACACUCAGGACCGUGCCUCACAAGGCCCACUCCCUGCCUACGCCUCCCUCUUGGGGGGCCGAGGAGGGCGGCUGCUCUGUCAUGAGAAUGUACGGCCCGUGGAUGAUUAACGGGCCUUUUUCACUUAGAAGCUGCACAUUAUGGAACAUUAAACACUUUUGUCAUAGA